UUACAGCCGGUGAUUGGCUGGCGUGGUCCAAGUCGGGAAAAUGGCCGCGAGCACUUCUGCAGUCCCGGUGGCUGUGACCGCGGCCGUGGUGCCGGUCCUGUCCGCAGACGGCGAUUUCUCAGAUUUGCGGGAGAUCAAAAAGGAACUACUGCUUAUUGCGGGCCUUACCCGGGAGCGGGGCCUACUGCACAGUAGCAAAUGGUCGGCGGAACUGGCCUUCUCCCUCCCCGCCCUGCCUCUGGCGGAGCUGCCGCCGCCGCCGCCCAUUACCGAGGAGGAUGCUCAGGAUAUGGAUGCGUACACCCUGGCCAAGACCUACUUUGAUGUUAAAGAGUAUGAUCGGGCAGCGCAUUUCCUACAUGGUUGCAAUAGCAAGAAAGCCUAUUUCCUAUACAUGUAUUCCAGAUAUCUGUCUGGAGAAAAAAAGAAAGAUGAUGAAACAGUUGAUAGCUUAGGCCCCCUGGAGAAAGGACAAGUGAAAAAUGAGGCUCUCAGAGAAUUGAGAGUGGAGCUCAGCAAAAAACACCAAGCUCGGGAACUUGAUGGAUUUGGCCUCUAUCUCUAUGGUGUGGUGCUUCGAAAACUGGACCUGAUAAAAGAGGCCAUUGAUGUGUUUGUGGAGGCCACUCAUAUUUUGCCUUUGCACUGGGGAGCCUGGUUAGAGCUCUGUAACCUGAUCACAGACAAAGAGAUGCUGAAGUUCCUGUCUUUGCCAGACACCUGGAUGAAAGAAUUUUUUCUGGCUCAUAUAUACACAGAGUUGCAGUUGAUAGAGGAGGCCCUGCAAAAGUAUCAGAAUCUCAUUGAUGUGGGCUUCUCUAAGAGCUCAUAUAUUGUUUCCCAAAUUGCAGUUGCCUAUCACAACAUCAGAGAUAUUGACAAAGCCCUCUCCAUUUUUAAUGAGCUAAGGAAGCAAGACCCUUACAGGAUUGAAAAUAUGGACACAUUCUCCAACCUUCUUUAUGUUAGGAGCAUGAAAUCUGAGUUGAGUUAUUUGGCUCAUAACCUCUGUGAGAUUGAUAAAUAUCGUGUAGAAACGUGCUGUGUAAUUGGCAAUUAUUAUAGUUUACGUUCUCAGCAUGAGAAGGCAGCCUUAUAUUUCCAGAGAGCCCUGAAAUUGAAUCCUCGGUAUCUUGGGGCCUGGACGCUGAUGGGACAUGAGUACAUGGAAAUGAAGAACACAUCUGCUGCUAUCCAGGCUUAUAGACAUGCCAUUGAGGUCAACAAACGGGACUACAGAGCUUGGUAUGGCCUUGGGCAGACCUAUGAAAUCCUUAAGAUGCCAUUUUACUGCCUUUAUUAUUACAGACGGGCCCACCAGCUUCGGCCCAAUGAUUCUCGUAUGCUGGUUGCUUUAGGAGAAUGUUAUGAGAAACUCAAUCAACUAGUGGAAGCCAAGAAGUGUUACUGGAGAGCUUACGCCGUGGGAGAUGUGGAGAAAAUGGCUCUGGUGAAACUGGCAAAGCUUCAUGAACAAUUGACUGAGUCAGAACAGGCUGCCCAGUGUUACAUCAAGUAUAUCCAAGAUAUCUAUUCCUGUGGGGAAAUAGUGGAACACCUGGAGGAAAGCACUGCUUUCCGCUAUCUGGCCCAGUACUAUUUUAAGUGCAAGCUGUGGGAUGAAGCUUCAACUUGUGCCCAAAAGUGCUGUGCAUUCAAUGACACCCGGGAAGAAGGUAAGGCCUUACUCCGGCAAAUCCUACAGCUUCGAAACCAAGGCGAGACUUCCACCACUGAGACGCCUGCUCCCUUUUUCCUCCCCGCUUCACUCUCUGCUAACAACACUCCCACACGCAGAGUUUCUCCACUCAACUUAUCUUCUGUCACGCCAUAGUUGGCUACUUUCAAGCCAGCACAUUGCUAGGCCCAUCUUAAGCCUUACCUCCUCAUACAGAAUGGUCACAUCUGUUCUUCCAAGGACCACAGCUCUUCUUGUUUCUACAGAUGGAAACAGCUCCAUGGAGACAGUUUAUAUAAUCACCUUCAGAAGCAGAUUGACAGAAUAAUACUGGCAGGAAUACAUUGUCUUUUGCCAAUUAGAAGCACUUCUAUCUCCCUUCUGUUGAGAGUGGCUUUGGAUCCUGGCUGUCUUCUCAGAGCCGUCCCCCCCCACCCCCCGCCACCCCCUCAAAAAACCCACCCACCCCCCGCCCCCUCAAAAAACCCAUCCCCUUUACAGCACUUUAGCACAGGCUAUGCUACAGGACAAAGUUUUAAUGCUGCUGGGAGUGGGAGAGAAGCAAGGGAGAAAAGUCAGCCACUCUACCUUCUGCUGGCCAUAGGGGCACACUGAGUACUCUAGGAAGAGAUCAGGGCAAAGGAUAGUAAUGACCUUCCUUAUUCUUGGAUUUACUGAGCAUGACUCCCACUCUGAUGUCAGAGAUUAGGUUUAAAUGGAGUGAAGCUAUACAUUUAUUCACACUGUAGGGAGACAAUCUUGCAAAAUAUUUUUGAGGAGUCUUCUAUAGUAAAAGCUUUCAAAGUGGAAGUACUUACUAAGUUAGAUAAAAGGACAAAACAUGGCUAUAGUGUUAAGUGUUCUCCUACCAAAGCAAAGCAAGGAGACAGGAUUACAGAUAACUUCAUGGAUAUUGGAAACAACUUUUGUGACUACACAGAUAAUAAACUCACUUCAAGCUGGUCUGUUUUAAUAAUUUUCAGUAUAAUUGUUUUUUCCCUAUUUCCAACAGAAUGUUUUUUCAGCCUUUAUCUGUCUAGGACAAGGUAAAGGGAAUCAUUCUUGUGGUGCUCUUGGAGCAUUUGAGGCCUGUGCAUAUGUAUUUAGGAGGUAAUGUGCUGUGACUGUAAUGUCCGCUGUAGUGAAUUUGUACAGUAGAUGCUAUAGAUCAUUCUGAGCUCAGAGUCCAGCCUUCAUUUUUAUCCCAGGGACAUUUGUUAUCUAUUCAACUCCUAAGGUAUGACACUUCAUUUUAUAUUAAGGGAGAUUUAGAAUACCUAAUGCCACUUGAAUUCAUUUCUUACUAAGCCUUCUUAGUAGCUGUACACUAGUUACUGGUCUCCACUGCCGUGCCUAUGCAAGGCUCCCAUGGGCCAGAAUGAUGUUUGAUUUUCAAUUUUUCUGCCCCUUUUUAUAAUUUCUUUUAAUGAUUUUGCUACAUUUGGAAUUCAAAUAAAAGUGAACAAUAAUAUCUUUAA